GGCCUGACGAGAGGGAGGAAACAUAAAAGCUCGGAAGUUAUUUUCCCUCUUCUUCCUGUGAGGAGGAUGGAGCUGCAAAUCUGAACAGAGAAGCUGGAGUUUGCACAGGUUCAGUGAAGCUUGAUCGUCCUUUCCUCCAAAACCCUCAGACCUCUUUAUAUCUGUACCCCUGCAGGGUUCGCACCAAUCCGACGAUGAAGUUGUGGGUUGUGCUUUGCUUGGCGUACCUCUGCAUAGAGCUCCAAAAUGGUGCCUGCCAAGCAGUCAAGCGAACAAAAGACAUAAGAGACGCCCGAACCCGGACUGGUUGGAAGCGAGUGAGGAAUCGCCAACCUGAUCUAAUAGACAGAAAAGGUAAAGGCCAGUCCCUGCUGACGCAGGUUUUGGAUAAAGGUCGCUUCCUUCGGCUGGGUCACAUCACAACCCUGACCCCAGGGAAAAACCUGGAACUACGCUGCAAAGGAACCAGCAUUGGAUGGUCCUAUCCAAUCUACCUGAACACCUUUAAUGACUCUCGCCUCAGCAUCAAGCAAAGUGACAAGUACAGUCAGCUGAUCCUGACUUCGCCGUCUGCUGCAGACACAGGGUCCUACAGCUGCUGGGUGAUUGUGUGUGAUGGAACCGAGUGUCAGAAGGACCAGGAUCGCACUUAUGACUCAUACAUCUAUUUCACAGAUAAAGACAAUCUCUUUGUUCCAUCUGCCAUCCACUUUGAGAUCGUGUACCUGCGUUCAGACAGGCCUGCUGUUGUGCCCUGCCGUGUGACUGACCCCCAAGUCAAGGCAUCCCUGCACAGAGAGGUUCCUGCAGAGGAAAUUACAGGAAAUGGGACUAUGUUGACCUUUGACCCCACUAAGGGGUUUGUCCUGCAACAACCUGGCCCAGAGCUUCAGGGGGUCUUUUACUGCAAGGCUAUUUCCAAAGGCACCCCUCAGAUCUCCACCAAAUACCAGCUGCUUUAUGUAGAAGUACCCAGUGGGGCACCAUUUGUGAGCCUUGAAGCCUCUCCAGAUUCUGUGAGAGGAGGUGACGACAUUAAUCUGACCUGCACUGUGCUGGGAGAACCGGAGGUUAAUGUGACCUUUACCUGGUCUUAUCCUGGUCAGGAUCAACGUCCUGUUCACAUCCAAACAUCCUGGAGGCUGGUUAACAGAGGUAUGGGCUACACCACGAGGGUCUCACAGAGCAUCAUGACUGUGAAGGACUUGGAGACCAUUGACUUUGGAAAUUACAUCUGUAAAGCCAAGAACCAGCAUGGUGAGACGAUUGUGACAACCAGUAUUAUCUCCAGUUAGCCCCAACGCUGUGGCUUGUGAUAAGAUUGUAUUUGAUAUUGAGUUUAUGACAUGUUGUUGCAGACUUGAUGAAAACCACAUGUAUACAUAUAAAUAUUACAAUAAAAAUUAUCUAAUUGCUUUGUUGAAAAUUUAACUUUGACAUUUAAAAGCACAAAAGUAGCUAAACUGAAAGUUUUACAGGAGAAGAUAAACCCUGUAGGAAUUUCCGCUAUAACAUCCUGAGGAAAGCUACUUGUUAUUAAAAGAUUACAUCAGUGACACUGCUGC